GCACAACAAAUUCACUUUUUUUUUUGGGGGGUUCCCUUGAAAUUAAAGCUGUAUAACAGCUGAAGAGCUGCAUUAUUUCUUCUCACUUUUGGCAGGCUUUGUUUUCACGUUUCGUGACGUUGCAGCAUUUUAAAUUGGGUCUUAAUUCACGAAACUGCGUCGUUUUCGAUAUAGUUCGCUUGAAUUGUGAUCAGAAUUAGGGUUUUAGAAUUAUGUUUUGAACAAUGUCGCCUUUGACAUUGUUCAAUUGCUAAUUUAGGAAAGAGAAUUUUGAAAUUCUGGCGGUUUAUCUUCAGAUUUUCCCUCAAAGUUCGAAAAAAUGCUGGCAGUUUCGCCGAAUUCAAUUGCGAGGAGUUCGCUGGAGGAGAUGCUGGAUUCUCUCCGGCGAAGAGACGAGAACGAGAAGCCGAAAGACAUGCCGCCGGCUCUUCCGGCUCGGCCAAAGGCGACUGCCAGGGCUCGGCUGCCGUCGGCAAAACGGCCGUUGCCCAGCAGUUUUGAAACGGGGGAGAAUCUUGAAGCUGGGAAUUUGAAAAAAGGACACAAUAAUCCUAAAGGAUUUAGGGGGAAUAAUAGUUUUGGUACGAAAAAAGCUAAGGCCAAGGAGCCCAGUGAAUCUCCAUAUGCUGAGGUGGCGGAGCUGAAGGGUGGCGAAGAGAGGUUGGAAAGAAAUGAUGGUGCAAAUCUGGCCAAUUCGGCCCCAGGAUCGUUGCCGAGGUUUAGGGAAUCUGACUGGGAUGAUAACAUUGGUUAUUUCAUCAAAAAGAAGCUUCGCGUCUGGUGUCGUCUACGAAACAGGCAAUGGGAGUUAGGACAAAUUCAGUCCACUAUAGGAGAGAAAGCUUCUGUUUUGCUUUCAGACGGAAGUGUUCUGUCUGUUCCAAUUGGAGAGCUUUUACCUGCAAAUCCUGAUAUUCUUGAAGGUGUGGACGAUCUUAUACAGCUUAGUUAUUUAAACGAACCAUCAGUUCUUCAUAAUCUUCAGUAUAGAUUUUCACGUGACAUCGUAUAUAGCAAAGCAGGGCCUGUUUUAAUUGCAAUAAACCCCUUCAAAAAUGUCCAGCUUUAUGGUGAUGAUUCUAUUACAGCUUACAGGCAAAAUCUCGUAGACAGCCCUCACGUUUAUACAAUUGCAGACACUGCUUACAAUGAAAUGAUGAGAGAUGAAGUAAACCAGUCCAUUAUCAUCAGUGGCGAGAGUGGGGCAGGGAAGACAGAAACAGCAAAAAUUGCGAUGCAAUACCUGGCUGCUCUUGGAGGAGGCAGCAGUGGGAUAGAGUGUGAAGUCCUGCAGACAAGCUGUAUUUUGGAGGCAUUUGGGAAUGCUAGAACAUCCAGGAAUGACAAUUCCAGCAGAUUUGGGAAGUUAAUUGAAAUUCACUUCAGUGCAGUGGGAAAAAUAUGCGGUGCUGAAAUACAGACCUAUCUACUGGAAAAGUCAAGAGUGGUUCAGCUGGCUCGUGGUGAGAGGUCAUACCAUAUCUUUUACCAGCUUUGUGCUGGAGCUCCUCCAAGUCUCAGAGAGAGACUCAAGUUAAAAGAGGCGAAGGAAUACAACUAUCUCAAUCAGAGUGGCUGCUUGGCUAUUCAUGAUGUUGUUGAUGCUCACAAAUUUGAGUCGCUCAAGGAAGCCUUCAAUACCCUUAGAAUUCACAAGGAAAGUCAAGAACAGAUUUUUGAGAUGCUUGCUGCAGUAUUAUGGUUGGGCAACAUAUCAUUUCAAGUCAUUGACAAUGAAAAUCAUAUUGAGGUAGUGGAUAAUGAAGCUGUAACCAAUGCAGCUAGCUUGAUUGGUUGCAAUGCCCAGGACCUCAUGCUAACUUUAUCGACUCGUAAAAUACAAGCAGGCAAGGACAGUGUGGCCAAAAGAUUAACACUCCAGCAGGCAAUUGAUACAAGAGAUGCUUUGGCGAAGUUUAUCUAUUCAAGUUUGUUUGACUGGCUUGUGGAUGAGAUCAAUCAUUCACUUGCGAUGGGCAAACACCGUACUGGGAGAUCCAUAAGUAUUUUAGAUAUAUAUGGAUUUGAAUCAUUCAAGAAAAAUAGUUUUGAACAACUGUGUAUAAACUAUGCAAAUGAGAGAUUGCAGCAACAUUUUAAUCGACAUCUAUUUAAACUUGAGCAGGAGGAGUAUGAAUUGGAUGGCAUUGAUUGGACAAAGGUAGAAUUUGAGGACAACCAUGAGUGUUUGAACCUCUUUGAGAAGAAGCCUAUUGGGCUGAUAUCUCUAUUGGAUGAGGAGUCAAAUUUUCCAAAGGCUACCGAUUUAACCUUGGCUGAUAAACUUAAGCAGCACUUGGAUGCUAAUCGUUGCUUUAAAGGAGAAAGAGGCGGUGCCUUCAUCAUUCGCCAUUAUGCUGGAGAGGUUCUUUAUGACACUAAUGGUUUUCUGGAGAAGAACAGAGAUCCCAUCCACUCUGACACAAUCCAACUGCUUUCCUCUUGUAGCGGGCAUCUUUCUAAGUUGUUUGCCUCUUCAGUUCUUAAUGUAUUACCAAAAACUGCUAGUCCGUUGGAGCAGUCAGGAGCUUUGGGUUCACAGAAGCAAAGUGUUGGCACUAAGUUCAAGGGUCAGUUGUUUAAAUUAAUGCAGCAGUUGGAGAACACGACUCCACAUUUCAUUCGCUGCAUAAAACCAAACAAUAAGCAGCUUCCUGGCAUUUACGACAAGGACCUUGUCUUGGAUCAACUUAGAUGCUGUGGGGUUCUAGAGGUUGUUCGGAUCUCAAGAUCUGGAUAUCCUACUCGAAUUACACAUCAAGAUUUCUCGAGAAGGUACGGAUUCCUACUUCCGGAGGAUAGUGAAAGCCAAGAUCCUUUGAGUUCAUCAGUUGCUAUUCUGCAGCAAUUCGGUGUCCUUCCUGAAAUGUACCAAGUUGGCUAUACAAAAUUAUUUUUUCGAGCGGGUCAGAUUGGUGUGCUGGAAGACACAAGAAAACAGGUUCUUCAAGGUACUCUUGAGGUGCAGAAGUGUUUUCGUGCUCAUCGGGCUCGUCGCCACUUCCAUGAUCUCAAACAAGGAGUAACUGCAUUGCAAUCAUUUGUUCGUGGCGAAAUUGCUAGAAAGGAGUAUGAUGUUCUUGUUAACUUGAGCAAGCAGGUAGCUGAGAGUAAGUUUGAGGAGCAGCUGGUGGCAGUUGUGCAAAUACAAUCAGUAAUCCGCGGGUGGUUGGCUAGAAGGAAUAUUGAUCGUCUGCGGAAUUCAAAAAUGAUGAUUUUUGAUAAACGAAGGCGAGGAAAGAAGUUUUCAGAAGUGAUGGGCCUAGCGCAAGAGAAUUUACCUUCAGUGGUGGAAGAGCUUCAAAGGCGUGUGCUCAUGGCAGAGGUAAACCUAGGGAAGAAGGAAACGGAAAAUGCUGCACUGAGAGAGCAAGUACAGGAGUUUGAGGUGCGUUGGUUGGAGUAUGAAGCCAAAAUGAAAGCGAUGGAGGAUACAUGGCAAAAACAGAUGGCAUCCUUGCAAGUGAGUCUGGCUGCAGCCAAGAAGAGUCUUGGUGCUGACCAUACAGCAGUUCAACCAGCUGGAAGGCUUGAUGGUCUUACAUCUCCUCGCUAUUACGAUUCUGAGGACACAAUGUCCGGAGGAGCUCGAACUCCUGGUGGGGAAGCUAAUGGCGGAUUAAAUUCAGUCGGUCACCUUGCGAAAGAAUUUGAAAAUAGGAAGCAAAUUUUUGACGAGGAUGCCAAAGCAAUAGUUGAAGUCAAGUCAGGGCAGAACCCUGGCGAAGAAUACCGGAGACUGAAACACAGGUUUGAGGCGUGGAAGAAAGACUAUAAGGCGCGGUUAAGGGAGGCAAAGUCAAGACUUCAAAAGCAUGGGCAUUUAGAGGGUGAGAAAAGAAACCGAAAAUGGUGGAUAAAGAAGAGCAGAUUUCAGCUUUAGCUGCCUUCAGCCUUGUAAAGAUUUCUAGGUGGGAGUUACUUUUCAGUUACCUUUCUCGUAGGUUGAACGCGGAAGAGGUGCUUGUGUGUGUAUAUUAUUGGUCGCUUUUUGGAAGGAUCAAUUUGCUUGGUGAUUUCCUUCCAUUUCGUCCCUUUUCCGGAUAUUAGGUUUGAGCCUAGUUGUGCAUAGCGUAUCGUUCAUGAUGUAACUGAUCACCUCUUCACCACUGCGUAGGUUGUGGCUAGAAAUAUAAAUAUAGGAUAGAAAUGUACCCUUGUUUCCUCUCCCAUAACACUUGUAAGAGGAAGUGGUUGUAAAUUGAUGGGCUUGCUUUCAGGUUCUGUUUCCCACGAGAAGCGUUCUUUACUCUAUGCUGAAGCCAGAAAUCCAAAGAUUUCUUUU